AACACAAAAAAAGCAACAAAUUUUUCGUUCUGCGAAAAAUGUAUACAAAAAUGUUUAAAAAAGCUGAAAAUUAGUUGCUAAAUUAUGGAGAUACCCAUACAAGUGGCUGUGCGCAUAUGUCCACUAGAAAAUCUAGAAACGGAGCCAGACGACAUUGUUGCAGACACCGAAGAACAAAGUAAAGAAGCGACUGCAGAAUCUGCACCCACGCCGCCGCCGCCACCUCCGCCGCAGCCACCGACGCCUGAUUCAAAUGGCAAUAACAAGCCAGAGAUUGCAGCGCCGCAUACAAAUGACACCAGCAAUAAUUGCUGCGUGCAGGCCAUACCAAUAACCGCUUCGUUUUUGGGUCUGCUGCCCAGCGCAUUGCCUGGCGGUGCUGCUUUAGAUAGCAUUGCGGCUGGACUCAUACAAGUGGGCCCACAUACGAUCCCAGUGACGCAUGCGCUGGACAGCAGCACGACGCAGCUUCAGGUUUAUCAGCAAACAGUUUUGCCAUUGAUAAGCUUGUUUCUGGAGGGAUUUGAUGCAUCUGUGGUGUCAUACGGACAACGCGGUACAGGCAAAACAUAUACGCUGUAUGGAAAAGGCACUGACCAGGCUGAGGAGGGCAUUGUGCCGCGUUGUGUGCGUGAAAUUUUUGCGCACGUGAAAGCACAUCCAGAACGCAAGCAUACUAUAAAUGUGGGCUACGUUGAGAUUUGCAAUCACGAAGUAUGCGAUCUGCUGGGCAUGGGUAGUAGACCCUGCAACACAUUGGAGGAUGUUUUUCGUUGGCUACAUCUAGGCAGAAGCAGAAAAUCGAACGCACCCACACAUACGCUGUUUACGCUAACGCUGGAACAGAAUUGGGUGUCCAAAGAUAAUCUCAUACAGCAUCGCCUAUCAACCGCUAGCUUCUCUGAUCUUAGCGGCACCGAACGUUGCGGCGUAGUGCCACCUGGCCAGCCGCGUGAUCUGGGCCUGCAAAUGUUGGAGCAACUGAUCAACAUAUUAACAGAUCCCAGUAUUGCCUAUGGACUGAAUAGCAACUUACCUUAUGCACAGAAUACUUUAACCACCUUGCUCAAAGAUUCGUUUGGUGGACGCGCACAAACUUUGGUUAUGUUAUGUGUGUCGCCCUUGGAAAAGGAUUUGGCAGAGACUCUAGGCAACUUGCAGUUUGCAUUCAAGGUGCAAUGUGUGCGUAAUUAUGUUAUUAUGAAUACAUUUUCCGAUGACAAUACGCCAGUAAAACAAGCGCAGAAUAAUGGACCACCAGUUUUGAUGACAGGCGUCAAUCCACUCAAUGCGGAUAACUUUGGACUACAAUUUGCAGCCAGUCAAUGGUUUAAGCUGGUCUCCAAUGCUGAAGGACUAUUUGCCAAAUUAAUGAGCUCCAAUGCUGUCAGCGAGCUGGAGAAGGAACAAAUUGAGGAAUGGCUCUUUCUGAAGCAGGAAUGCGAGGAGUGCUUGAGCUCCAACGAAGCGUUGCGCAGCCAAAAGGCGCUUGUGCCCAUACAGGAAGCAGAUGAACCCGAGGAGGCCAACAGUGAUCUAGAGACCUCGUGUCAUCAGAACUCGGACAAUGAGUCGGAUAAUGAAUCACAGAAUGCAGAUCUUACUGAGAAACUGGUGAGUUUAAUGGAUGAGUUUCUUGCUAAGACAGAUGCGUUGAUACGAAGCAAACACGAGGAGUUUAUGAGGACGCAGCCGAAGGCCGUGAUGCAGAGUCAGGAUAAGGAGCAGCAAGGCCAGGAAAAGGAGCAGCCAGCCCAAGAGAAGCAGCAGCAGCCACAGGCGGAAAAGUGUGAUGAGCGCAAGGCCAGUGUGGGUGGUCGGCGUCGCAGCAUCCAACCUGGUGCUAGUUUAAGCAAUGCUGAGCUGGCGAUGCUUAAUCGCGUGGCCUCAUUACAACCAGCAACUGGAAAAGCAACAGCAGCAGGAGCAGCAGCAACAGCUGAGGCGUUGGCAGAGUUGGAUCCACUAGAAAGCUCCACAGGCACACCAGACGCACUGCGGCAGGCGGCUAUCAAUGCGCCCAUAGAACAGCUGCAAAAGAAACUACGCAAAUUGCUGGCAGAGAUUGAAGCACGUCAACGUCAAGCAAACGAAAUUGAGCAGACAAUGCAGCUGAAGCAGAAUAUAAUCACUGAGCUGGUAAAGAAUCGCGAUACGCGCAGUCAUGUCAAGCAGCGUUUCAAUAAAAAGAAAGCCAAAUUGGAGGCAGAGCUCGAGAAGGCCAAAAAGCAUUUGGCAAAAGCGGUGAUGCAGAACAAAGAGAAGUGCGAAGUCGAGCGCUGGAACACAAUAAUAGCUCACUUGGAGCAGCGUCUAAAGGAUUUGACCUCCAUGAAGCACAUUGCAAGCGAGAGUGGACACAAGUUGAAGCAACUGCAGCAGUCUAUAAGCGAGUCACGCAAGCAGCUCGAAGAGCUGCACAAGAAAUUGAAGAAGGAGUACAAGCAACGUGAUCAGGUUGAGGCGGAGUUGAAGACACUCAAAGAAGCACGUGUUGCUUUGGUCAAAGUGCAGGACGUGCAGCCGGAUCAGCUCAAAGCAAUGCAGGCGCGCAUCACACACUUGGAUCAUAUAUUGCGUGAAAAGUCCGAGAACUUGGAGGUGGGCGUUGCGGGCGAGGAGAGCUUGCGUCAUGAAAUACGCAACCUGCGACGCACACGUGAUCAUUUGUUGGAGCAGCGUUGCGAACUGGAUCGCAAGCUAAAACGUGAUAAGAUGUUGACGCAGCGCGAGGAGCGUAAGCUAUUGGAAUGUGAUGAGGCCAUUGAAGCCAUAGAUGCAGCUAUAGAGUUCAAAAAUGAAUUGAUCUGUGGCACCAAGUCGAUUGACACCAGUGAGCGCUUGCAGCGUGAGAAAGGCGAACAAAUGCUAAUGGCGCGACUCAACAAAUUGUCGCUGGAGGAGAUGCGCACGCUGCUCUACAAAUAUUUUGUCAAGGUUAUAGAUUUGCGUGAUUCAUCACGCAAGCUGGAACAGCAACUGGUGCUGCUGGAGCGUGAACGUGACGCGUGGGAGUGGAAGGAGCGCGUCUUGUCCAAUGCUGUGCGUCAAGCGCGUCUGGAGGGCGAGCGCAACGCUGUGCUGCUGCAGCGUCAGCAUGAAAUGAAAUUAACUCUUAUGAUGCGGCAUUUGGCUGAAGAAACUUCCACCAGCUCGGCCAGCUAUAGCGAACGCGCCUUGGCGCCAGCCACCAGCAGCGAUUAUGACUAUGACCUGGACUUUUAUAAGCCCGGAGGCAGCAAAGCUUUGGUCAAGCCACCAGCCAAACCAUCGCCGGCUGCGUUGGAGAAGUAUAAGGAUAAGGAGCGCAGCGGACGCAAUAUUUUUGCCAGGUUUCAAGUGCUUACACGUUAUGCUGCUGCCGCUGCGGCUGGCUCCUCGCAUUCUGGCGCCGAUGAGUCUAAUGCUUUGAUAGAAACCACCACAGCUACGGCAGUGACCACCACCACGAAUAGCGUUACUACUACAGCAGCAGCUAGCACUGGCACUGGUGCGAAGGGUAAGGAGAAAUCGCUCAGCAUCAUUAGUCCGGAUCAUCUAAGGCGUCUGAUGCCGUCCACCAGCUCCACAAAGGUUACGCGGGAGAAGAACAAAAUUAUAAUACAGGAUGCUACGCGCAACAAUUGAAUGUAUUCGAAUUUAAUUAACUUACUCAAAUUAUCAAAUACUCAAAACGUAUAUAUGUAGAUAUUAGGGGAAUGUCUAAAACUGAUUGUGAAUCGAGUUUAUCGUUGAAUUUCAUCGUGGUUGAAUUUGAACGGAUCAACGGAUUUCAGACAAUAUCAUUUUUAGCAUUACUCCCAAGUUAAUUAAUGUAUGUGUACUGAAAAAAUACGUCCACAGCAUCGCUCAAAUACUUACUACUAUAUGUAUAUCUGAAUGGACUUUAACUAAGGUUAUUAUCAUCAACACCUCCACCUUUGUCAAAAGACUCAAUUACAAUUGUUACUUAAGAAAUACUCGCAAAGCAGCCAUCAAAGCGCUCAAAUUGUUAAUUUUAAUGAAACGCAU